AUGCCGAGCUUCUCAAGUCAUAGAACAUCUUGCCAAGGAACAGCCGAAAACGCAGUAUCCAAGGCCUUGGCUGCUGCUGCCAGCACUCCAGGACUCGGCCUCGUCUGCUGGGCCGUGCGGCUUUUUGCAAACACUAAUCAUUGUUACCCAACAUCCAGGGUCAAGGACUCGGGACUCCAAUUUCAAGGAUUUCAGCAGGACGAAAGCUCAGAGAAUGGAGAGUGGACAGAGUCACCGCUCGGGCUGGCGCGCCCACUGCUGCAGGGUUGCUGCAGGCCAUCGAGUAAGGGCAAGAAGGGGUCCAGUCCUCCCCUCCAUCAGUGGUCUCUCCAAUCCCCAUCAAAGACGGAUGCCUGCCCGGAAAUCAAUAAUAAUAGCCAAGGUAUCAGAGAUGGCUUCCGACUGCAUCAGCCCAGUGGCUGCUACCUCCGGGUCUUCGGAACAGACGGCUCAUUGUCGACUCCCUGCCUCGUCUUCGUCUUCGUCGCUACUUUUGUCCUCUCGCCAUUCCUCCCUUUCUCUCUGUCUUGUCUCGUCUCGUCUGGACUCUGGGCAACCAUCCCACAUAUCGACAUCCACACGACAUCCUUAGCACAUCAGAAACCCUCCGAAGAUCCAUCCGCCAGUGCUAAUGGCCCCGUUUUCUCCGACCCCCACCAUCCUUCUGACGCCGAGCUCGAGACGCCAGAUUAUGUGAUUAUGUCAUCUCACACAGCGCCUGGCCAAGGAACCACAAGCACAUGCCAUCGAACUCUGCACAACUAA